AUGGAGAGUUGUUUUAUGAAGGAUGAGAACAAAGGGUUUGAAUCUAAUGGUGACGAAGAAAGUUGCGGAAAAGAGGUCGUUCUUCAGGUUGGAGGUGGAAAAAGAGAUGAGAUGAAGGCAGCUUCUCCCAAUCUGAAGAAUUUCAUCAACUCUAAUAGCAAACAGGGUCCGAUUGUCGUAAAGAAGAUGGAGAGAUCGUCGCCUGAAUCUGGAUCGAGAUCAUCUUCAUCUGCCAAAAGACAACAGCUAGAUGAUGAACUAGGAUCUUCGAAAGCUGAGUUGAACGAGGUCAUGGAGGAAAAUCAACGGCUCAAGAUGUACUUGGACCGGGUUCUCAAAGACUAUCGAACCCUACAAAUGCAAUACCAAGACAUUAUCCAAUGCGAACCCAAAAAAUCUCCGAAUUCCCUAACAAUUAAUCCAGCUCAUCAUCAUCACGACCCAAUGGAAGAAUCCGGUGAGCUUAUUUCCCUUAGCCUCGGAAUAAGCAGCCCAAGUGACCGAACAAAAGACGAGCAAAUUCAAAAAACUCCAAGAAUCGAAAAUAAUGCCAAUGUUCAUGAAGGUGGUGAUCAUGACAAAGAGGGACUAACAUUGGGCCUCGAUUGCAAGACAUUCCAAGUGCCACCACCUCAAAAGUUAUCGGUCGAAAAUAGUUCUCCUAACCAUAGCCUUGAAAAUAGCUUGGAUAAUGAAGGAAAAGAAGAAGGCGGAGAGAAUUGGUCGGGUAAUAAUAAGACGAAGAGUAAUGUGAGGGAAAGUGGAGAAGACGAACUUACACAACAAAACCCGGCUAAGAGGGCUAGGGUUUCGGUUAGAGUUAGAUGUGACACACCAACUAUGAAUGAUGGUUGCCAAUGGAGGAAAUAUGGACAGAAGAUUGCUAAAGGGAAUCCAUGCCCUCGAGCAUACUAUCGUUGCACGGUCGCACCAUCUUGCCCUGUGCGAAAACAGGUCCAAAGAUGUGCCGAGGACAUGUCGAUCUUGAUCACGACAUAUGAGGGAACACACAACCAUCCGCUCCCGAUCUCGGCCACCGCCAUGGCCUCUACCACCUCAGCGGCCGCCUCCAUGCUAACAUCCGGACCGUCAAACUCCUCAAUUGGGCCGGGCCCAUUAUCUUCUGUCUCUGCCUCUGGACACCUAAACGGGCUAAACUUCUACCCGUCUCACGAUAACUCGAGAUCAAAACCCUUCUACCUACCGAACACCUCGAUUUCAUCCACCCCUUCCUACCCAACCAUAACCCUCGAUCUCACUUCAAGCGCCGCCACAUCAUCGUCCCAUUUGACCCGUUUGGCCAAUAUUCCACCGAGAUACUCGACCACAAACCUCAACUUCAGCGAGUCGAACGCGCUCCCGAUAUCGUGGACCAAUGGGACUCUAAGCUACGGUCCGUACCAAACGAUAAACAAGAACCAAACCGCGAGUAAUACUAGCUCCCUCAACUUCGGAGCACAACCCUACGAAACCCUUUACCAAACCUACUUACAAAAGACGAAUACCACAAACCCUAGCCAGCAAAACAUGACAUCUCCCGAAGCUAUUGCGGCGGCCACUAAAGCAAUCACAUCCGACCCGAGUUUCCAAUCGGCUCUUGUAGCCGCUCUUUCAUCGAUCAUCACCUCGAAUGGCAAUAACGCUAGUGCAAUGAUGCAAAACCAAAAUGAAGGCGAAAAAUCGAGUCAAAUCAGUGAUGUCAAGAUUAGUGAGCCUAACUUUCCUAUCCUAUCGAGCUUCCCAUCACCGGCCUCAAACGCGAAUAAAUGUGCGCCGAGCUUUAUGAACAAUUCGUCGUCUAAUACGAGUACGAUUCAACCUGCAGGCGGAUUGAUGUUCCUUUCAACUCCAUUUUUGAAUGCAAAGAGCAAGUCAAGUUCACCAAGUGAUCAUGGUAGGGAUCAAGCUGCUUGA